GUUCAAGUGAAAGAAUCAGUCGAUGCAGUUCGUGCUCUGUGGGUUUCUUUGGACCUCUUUCUUGUUCAACUUGAUUUACAGAUUAUCAAGGAAAUCAUGGACAAUUUCACUGAUAGCAAAUUGUCGCUAAGGCACUUUAUCAAGGCGCGGGCAAGAACAUGCAAUGUAAAGGACGCUUGCCAGGUUCUUUCCGGUGCCGCAACCAAGCGAGCAAAAACUGAAAAGGUACAAGACAGAGAAACUUCUUCUCAGAGGCAGCUGACGCCAACGAAGAUUGGAGACAUGAACACCACUGAAGAUGUCAUACAAGUACCAGCUUAUGCUGUUUCAGGUGCCGAUUCAGAAUCUAAGAAUUCUGAUCUGUCAGCUGCUACCGAGACCACAGCAAUGGAUACCGACGAGACUACUGAAGGAAUCACAUCAGUGUCGUCCUCUGAUGCAUAUACACGUUCCAGGGUCGAUCCCCUUCACGGGUAUGUACCCUCCAGUAAGCACCCUGCACCAUUUAUGGGUGUGAAUAUUAAUGAUCGAGAUUUGUACGGUGCACAUGCUGAAGAAAACCAACUUGAGAGAAAACAAGAACGUUUCGUUACACCUCAUGGUACAUCAGUCCGAACUCGGCAUCUGUCUAAAAUUGAUACUAAACGUAUGGUGGAUACAUCGGAGUUAACCUCUCAGUCACUUCCCUACCUGGGUACCACAACUUCGCCAUUACUUUCGACCAGGAUCUCAACUGAUACUCAUAUAGCUUAUACCGACACAAGCACAAGGACUGGAAGACAAGUUCAAGGGUCUAAGUACGUUGGCCUGCCAGACAUACGUGGCUCAGCCAGUCACCAGGUUGCAUCUAACGCAUCGUUUCAGUCUUAUCGACCAAAAGAGAAUGCAUCUCAGCAUAAGAACUCGACUGCCGUGGAAGAUCGAAGACAACUAUCCGCUACUGAGCCGAUGGAAGUGGAAACGCAGGAGUCAAGAGCAAAUCGCGUAGAGAAUUUUGGUUCUUAUUCGAGCAAAAUGGCUGAAGGAGGAUACGCCAGACCUGAAGCUCAGUCUGGUGUUUCUGAAUACAGCCAUCUAUCUUCUCGUUUAAACGAAUUUACUGGAGGAGCAUACGCGUUAUUCAAAGCUCACCCUGGUUUUUCUGAUUUAGACAGGAAUCGGCUUCAACACUUGAAUCUCGAAAAUGGCACUUCUAAAAGAGCAGCCGUACAAAGCAGCAGCGCAAAGGAGGCUACUUCUAAAGCUCCGUCUGGUGUUUCUGACAGCAGCCGUGCACACAGUCUUUCUUCUCGGUCAAACGAAUUCACUGAAGGAGCAUAUGCCGGAGCUGAAGGUCAGCCUGCUGUUUCUGAAUACGGCCGUCGGUCUUCUCGGUCAAACGAAUUUACUGGAGGAGCAUAUGCCGGAGCUGAAGGUCAGCCUGGUGUCUCUGAAUACAGCCAUCGGUCUUCUCGGUCAAACGAAUUCACUGGAGGAGCAUAUGCCGGAGCUGAAGCUCAGCCUGGUGUUUCUGAAUACAGCCAUCGGUCUUCUCGAUCAAAAGAAUUUACUGGAGGAGCAUAUGCCGGAGCUGAAGGUCAGCCUGGUGUUUCUGAAUACAGCCAUCGGUCUUCUCGGUCAAACGAAUUCACUGGAGGAGCAUAUGCCGGAGCUGAAGCUCAGCCUGGUGUUUCUGAAUACAGCCAUCGGUCUUCUCGGUCAAAAGAAUUUACUGGAGGAGCAUAUACCGGAGCUGAAGGUCAGCCUGGUGUCUCUGAAUACAGCCAUCGGUCUUCUCGGUCAAAAGAAUUUACUGGAGGAGCAUAUACCGGAGCUGAAGGUCAGCCUGCUGUUUCUGAAUACAGCCAUCGGUCUUCUCGGUCAAAAGAAUUUACUGGAGGAGCAUAUGCCGGAGCUGAAGCUCAGCCAGGUGUUUCUGAAUACAGCCAUCGAUCUUCUCGUUUAAACGAAUUUACUGGAGGGGCAUAUGCGUUAUCCAAAGCUCACCCUGGUUUUUCUGAUUUAGACAGGAAUCAGAUUCAUCACUUGACUCUCGAAAAUGGCACUUCUAAAAGAGCAGCCGUACAAAGCAGCAGCGCAAAGGAGGCUACUUCCCAUGGAACUGGGACCACAAGAGUAGAAUAUGUACCAGAUGAUGUAGUUGUGUCCCAAUCAAAUUGUUCGCCUCUGCCAAAUGUUGGCGCUGGGUAUGGUUAUUCACUGUACAAGAAGGAAGGAAAUGGCUCAUCCGAUCACGUCAGACAUAACACACGUAGUGCUGCCCGAUUCCUUCAGGAUCAGGGAAAGUCAGAUGAAAAAUUUCAGGAGUCCAGAUUGAAAAGGGAUUAUUAUUCUGAAAGAUCAGGAAAGGAUCCUGUUCCAGAGGCUGAAGCUACGUCUUUAAGGAAGGAUGAAGAGUUAAAAGGGGCGACAAGCAAGGUUGAUCCUAAGCAUACAGCUUCAGUAUGUGGCCAUUGCUUGAAACAAGGAGAGCUCAUGUGUAGAAACUGUCUUUUGAUUGUUUGUAAAGAAUGCGACAGGGAAAUCUACAGCACUGAACUUUGUGGAGUAACCAAAGACAGACAUGUCUUUUCGGAAUUAAAAUCUGCAAAUUCACUUGAUACUUCCUGCUCCAGCCCUGUUUACGAAGGAAAGGAAUGGUCAUGUUCCCGAUGUACCUUCCUUAAUCAACUGGAGCAUAAAAUAUGUGUCAUAUGUGGUGCAACUCGUGGUGUCGGCGAUGUGGAGCAAUUGAAACCUGGCAGCAUAGUGUGUACAUUUUGCACUUUUCAUAACGAACAGGAUGCAACCGUGUGUAAAGCUUGUAGCAAGACUUUAGACAAAUCAGAAUCAUUUGUGUAG